AUGACUCGAAUCAGCGAAUGGCGCAGGCUCCCCGUCUCCCUUAAUGAACUGUGCCUGGCAACCACCCUUCGCUGCGGGCAGUCCUUUCGCUGGCGACAAUGCGACGACCAGACCUGGGCCUGUACACUUCGUGGUCGCAUUGUCCAACUUUCCCAACCCGACAAAUCGCACAUCCAGUAUCGCUCGGUAUGGCCCGCAUCUGCGACCGCUACACCGUCCUUUGAGGCGCCUCUGACACCUCCCUCGUCCGUCCCACCGACCAACGUCUCAGACGAGGACUGCAACAGUGUCGCUACUGACGGGGACGACGAUACGAGAUGCCUGAUCCAGCACUACCUCAACCUGGAGCCGAAUCUCGAAACCCUUUACGCCCAAUGGUCUGCGUCAGACGCCAACUUUCGCAAGAAGGCGCCCAAAUUCACGGGGGUGAGGAUACUGCGGCAGGAUGCGUGGGAGGCCUUGGUCGGGUUCAUAUGCAGCAGCAACAACAAUAUCAUACGGAUAUCGCAGAUGGUGGACAAGCUGUGCACCCACUAUGGAACCUACAUUGGCACGCUGGAGGGUCGACCAUACCAUGACUUCCCAGCGCCAAAGGCGUUGACGGGCAAGAACGUCGAGAGCCACUUGAGGGAGCUGGGGUUCGGCUACCGUGCAAAAUACAUAUAUCAGACCGCGAAAAUGAUCGCCGAGGAUCGAGAAGUCGGCUGGCUAGACACUCUUCGCAAUCCCGAGUCUCCUGCAUACGGCACCACCAAGGCGUCUCCUGCCGGCGAAAUGAAACCUGAAGGUCGUGACGGCUAUCGUGCCGCACAUGAGAAACUCCUCGACUUACAAGGCGUGGGCCCCAAAGUGGCCGAUUGUGUUUGUCUGAUGGGGUUGGGUUGGGGUGAGGCGGUGCCGGUAGACACACACGUGUGGCAGAUUGCGCAGAGAGACUACAAGUUGGGAAAGGGGAGGAACAGUAGUAUGACCAAGGGGACAUACGAUGCGGUGGCGAACCAUUUUCGGAAGAUAUGGGGCAAGGAAGCAGGGUGGGCGCAUAGCGUGUUGUUCACGGCAGACUUGAGGACGUUUGCUGAGAGACUCACAACCAAGGUGGAAGUCAAAGUCGAGAAAGGGGAAGGAGAGGAAGGGGAAAAGGGAAGUGAUGAGCACUCCAAGGUUGUAAGGAAAAGGACUGCACAACGAGUAUCCCUUAAGCGGGGGCCUGAGCAAGACGGGUUCAAGACCGAGAUGAAGGUUGAAGAAGAGGUAACGACAACCUUAAGUGAAAGGGUCAAGCGGCGACGACGUAGAUAA